AUGAGUUCUACAGCCAAAUCUAGCAAGAUGGAAAAGUUUUGGAUUUAUGCUUUUCGCGAUCAUCUUGCCGGGAUUCAGGCAUUUACAAACUGCAUCUGCGUUGCUGAUAUCCAUGGCGACGGCGAUUAUAAACUGAUCGUCGCGGAUGGAAAACGACGUCUAAAAAUGUUUGGAGGAACAUCUCUUAUAAAAGAGUUGCGAUUGUUUUCUGUUCCUUCAGCGCUGACAACGUUUUACGCGGACAGCAACGAUGUUAUCUCUCGGCCAGUGGUAGCGGUUGCUUGCGGACCACACAUCUUUAUGUACCGAAACAUGGUUCCACUCUAUCGGUUUACAAUCGCCCCAGUUGAACUGGAUGACGUGGAUGUGGCUGUUUGGGAAGGACUUCGCAGAGACAGCAUGUCCGUCGUGGAGGCAGCCGAAAUUUUAAGAGAUCGGCAAGCUACAGGAGUGGAAUUGUCUACGCGUUCCACCGAUUUUUUGGUUUCUGACAAUGCGCAGGAGCGAGAGCGGUUUGUAGAAUUGGUAAAGGACACCCCGCUUUCUCAGCAAAGCGUCGUGACUUGCAUGAGUUCUAUCCUGCUGCAACGAACGGAAGUGGGAAGCCGUGGCUGCCUGGUGGUCGGCAGUGAGGAUCGUUAUCUCUAUAUAUUGAAGACCUCCGGCACAGAGGUGCAUCUCAAAAUAAAACUUCCUAGCGUCCCUGACUCCAUUGUAACAGUCGGGGCGUUACGGGUUGAGUAUCGUAUUAUUUUGGCCUGUCGAGACGGUUGUGUCUAUUUUAUAAAGAACGGUAAAUUGUCCAACUCGAUUAUUUUUCCGGAUGGACAAAUUGUACAGAUUGCUCGCUACGACAACCUUGUGGCCGUGGCAACGACCCAGAACACACUGUCAUACUUUACCUUGAAGGGAAAGCGUCAGUCGUGUGUCUUUCUUCCUUUGCCUGUAACGAAUAUAGUUACCAUUCCAGAAACUGUUUCUGGAAAGACUCAAGGCAUUAUUGUGGCGCUGAGCAAUGGAGCCAUUCGCGUGUAUGUGGGAAAUGCUUUGGUGCACGAGAGUCAGGCGUAUGGCGCUGUAAACGCGAUGCAUUUUGGUCGCUACGGUCGUGAAGAUUCAGCGCUUAUCCUUAUUUUACGAAAUGGCUCUCUUGCAGUAGAAUUGCUGCACCGUCAUGCAUCAUUUGAAUGUGAGAAGGCCCGGGAGGUUGGUCCACCUGCGGAACAGGAUGUACCUAUCCCUGUACCGCCACUCACAAGCCUUUUUGUGGCCCAGGCGGACCGUGAGCGCAGGUUUAGCUUAGAUAUACAUCGUUCGUUCCAACGUGAUUUUUGUCAAUUGCGCUUGAACACCGCCAAAUUGUAUCUAUCAAUGCUCUCCGGCGCUGGUGAAUUAGGGGUAGGAGGGGUUGACCUACACCAAAGAGAAGACACUGUGCGUGUGAUUGCAACUGUGCAGGGUCUUGGCCCGGUGUAUAAGUUGCGAAUCACAUUACAAAAUGUGAGUGCAAGGCCCAUGCACAAUUUAACAAUUCUUUUGAGUCAUCAUUCGGCGUCAUGCAAGCUAUCAAAAAACAUUGUAGAGGUACCGUUUCUGACACCCUCUUCUCUUUCCUCGUAUGAAGUAUUUCUGGAGCGUGUAGAUGAUGAAAUUGUGGACAAGGGCGUCUCUGUGUAUGUUACGAGUAGUUUAUCCUCUGCUCCUUUGGCGGCCGCAGUGGUAGACUUACCAGACCCAGGUAUUGUCGAUGCGAGAAUGUAG